AUGGCCGACGCGAACUACAUCAUCAACGCCCCCGCACCUAACGUACCUUUUUACACUCCCGCACAAGACCCGCCUUCUGGAACCGCCCUCAACCCUCAGCCAGGCGGAGCACCAAUACCAAAGCUCUUCCAGCCACUCAAGAUUCGCGGCGUAGAUUUCCAGAAUCGUAUUUUUCUAUCCCCCCUCUGUCAAUAUUCCGCUGACAACGGAAAACCUACGCCUUGGCAAUUCGCACAUUUGGGCGGUAUCUUCACUCGGGGACCAGGCUUGACCAUCGUCGAAGCCACUGCCGUCUUGCCUGAAGGUCGCAUCACUCCACAGGAUACCGGGAUAUGGUCUGACGAACACAUCGCACCGUGGAAAGAGAUCGUCGAUUUCGCCCACUCCCAGAAUCAGAAGAUCGCCAUUCAGCUCGCGCACGCAGGACGCAAGGCAUCCACUGUUGCACCGUGGCUGGACAUGGGCUUGAGUGCUCCCGAGGUCGACGGAGGCUGGCCAGACGACGUAUGGGGUCCCAGUGCUGUUCCGUACAACGAAAAAUUCCCGCAGCCGAAGGAGCUUACCAAGGCCGGCAUCAAACGUGUUGUUCAUGCAUUUGUUGAAGCUGCGAGGCGGUCGCUCAAAGCAGGCUUUGAUGUGAUCGAGAUUCAUUCCGCACAUGGAUAUCUUCUAAGCGAAUUUCUCGCUCCGUGUGCAAACAAACGCACUGAUGAGUAUGGAGGAAGCUUCGAGAAUCGUAUCCGGCUUUUGCUUGAGGUGGUUGACGCUGUGAGGGCUGUCAUUCCUUCGACGAUGCCCCUCUUUGUCCGCGUAUCCGCCACGGAUUGGCUCGACCAGGUCCUUCCGACAGAAUCAUGGCGAGUUGAGGACACUGUCAAGUUGGCAGGUAUCCUCGCUGACCAUGGCAUCGACCUCAUCGACGUUUCGAGUGGCGGAAUUCAUCCAGCCCAGAAGUUCGGCUCGGCUCCUCUCAUGCAAGUUCCAUUUUCUGAUGCUAUCAGGAAGGCCCACGGCCACAAAUUGCUUGUUGGUGCUGUUGGUUCCAUCAAUACUGGUCUCCUUGCUCAGAAAGUUCUGGACGAGGAGUCAGCAGACGUCAUUUUUGUCGGAAGACAGUUCCAGAAGAACCCCGCGACAGUGUGGGCCUUUGCGGAAGAUCUCAAUGUAUCCAUCCAUGUUGCACACCAAAUCGAAUGGGGUUUCGCCGGAAGAGGCGGUGUGGGCAGGAAAGGUGUAUAG